AUGUUCUCUCUUCUUUUCCUGUUUUUGGUGCUGGAAGCUCCUCAGUCUUUGAAUCAUAAAGAAGCUUCUCUCUGCUUCCUGAAAAGAGAUUUAGGUCCCACCCACUACAUGGAUGGUGAUCUUAUUAUUGGGGGAUUUUUCCCUUUAUUUAUAUAUGAAAGUACACGAAUGCUAUCAUGGAAAAGUUUUAAUUUUAAUCCUAAGAGACUUAAUAAUCUUUAUCAGUUGCAGGAAAAACACUACAAUCAAGUCCUGGCCUUGAUGUUUGCUGUGGAGGAGGUCAACAAAGACCCCAAUCUGUUACCUAAUAUUACUCUAGGAUUCCAGAUUUAUAACACCUACUCAAGUGAUGUCAGAACAUUGGAGAGCUCUUUGAUGUUGUUGUCGGGAAAGAGACUGAUUGUUCCAAAUUACCACUGUGAGAAGCAGCAAAAGUCUGUGGCUGUCAUUGGAGGAGCCAGUUUGGAUUUGUCAAUCCAGAUGGCUUCCAUACUUGAGCUCUACAAGUUUCCACAGAUCACCUAUGGCCCAUUUGAUUCUAUCCUGAGUGACAAGGUCCAUUUUCCAAGUGUUUAUCAAAUGGCACCCAAGGAUUCUGCCCUUGCCCUGGGAAUGGUCCGAUUAAUGGUGCAUUUCAACUGGACAUGGGUGGGACUGGUUAUAAUAGAUACUGCCAGGGGGGAAACAUUCCUCUGGGAUAUAAGAGAAGAGAUGAAUAGGAAGGGUGUGUGUGCAGCCUUUAUAGAAAAGAUUCCACUGGGUUUGAAAUCCCUUACUUAUUCCUUCAAUGUUAUUCCGCGAAACAUUCAUGGGUCUUCUGCUAAUGUAAUUGUUAUUUAUGGGGAUCUCGAUUCACGAAUGGCUCUACAAUAUGCGCAACAGUAUCGCAAAUUAUAUAAAAAAGUAUGGAUUACCAGCUCUCACUGGGAUUUCACCAUGAGACACCAUAGCGUGAAUGUUGAAACUUUCAACAGAGCUCUGAUAUUUGCUGGUCAGACCAAAGAGAUUCCAAGUUUCAAAUCUUUCCUAAGGACAAGUAAGCCAGCCAAAUACCCACAAGAUAUUUUCUUUAAAAAAAUGUGGAACUCAGCUUUUCAAUGUUCAUUUCAUCAUAUAAAAUAUCAUCAAGAUUGUUCACAAAACGCUUCUUUAGAGAUGCUGCCUUUGAGGUAUUUUGACAUGUCUAUGUCUAGCCUAAGUUACAAUAUCUACAAUGCUGUGUAUGCUGUGGCCUGGGCUCUCCAUGAAGUACUCUUAACUAGAUCAGAAAUGGAAUAUUGGAGAGAUGAAGAAAGCGUAAUACUAUAUCCAUGGAAGCUGCACUCUCUUCUUAGAAAUAUCCAGUUUAACAACAGUGUUGGUGACCAGGUGUUCAUGGAUGAGAAAAGGAACCCUGUGGCAAACUAUGAUAUUACCAAUUUUGUGAUCCUUGAUAAUGGUACAGAAGUUCUGGUGAAAGUGGGAGAGUUUAUUCCUCAUGCUCCCCUUGGUGAAGAUUUUUCCAUCCGUGAGAAUGUCAUAAUGUGGAACCAAAUUUAUAUAAAGACUCCCCGCUCUGUGUGCAGUGAGAUCUGUGGUUCUGGAUUUCGGAAAUCUGCUCGUAAGGGAGAGUCCAUGUGUUGCUUUGACUGUAUGCCCUGCCCAGAGGGGGAGAUUGCCAACCAGACUGAUAUGGACCAGUGCAUCGUGUGUCCUGAAGAUGAGUAUCCAAACAGGGAGAGAAAUCGCUGCCUCCCCAAAUUUGAAACCUUUUUGUCCUUUAGGGAACCCCUAGGCAUGACUCUGACUUGCACAGCUUUUGUUUUAUGUUUCCUGACAGUUAUGAUUAUUGGGAUAUUUGUGAAGCAUCAGAACACUCCCAUAGUGAAAGCCAAUAAUCGAACUCUCAGCUACACCUUGCUCCUCUCCCUAAGCCAGUGCUUCUUGUCUUCUUUGCUUUUCAUUGGUAAGCCUACCUCAGCCAAAUGUCUCCUUCAACAGCCAAUAUUUGGAAUCACUUUCACAAUGGCCAUCUCCUCCAUUUUGGCUAAAACGAUCACAGUAGUUCUAGCCUUCAAAGCCACAAGACCAGUGAGCAGGAGCAGAAAAUGGCUGGGCUCCAGAGCACCCAUUUCUGUCAUUUUCAUUUGCUCCCUGAUCCAAGUGACUAUUUGUGGUAUCUGGCUGUUGGUUUCUCCCCCAUUUCCAGAUGUAGACCCACACUCUGAACCCAAGCACAUCAUCUUGAAGUGCAAUGAGGGCUCACUCAUUGCGUUUUACUUUGUGUUGGGUUACAUGGGAUUGCUGGCUUUGGGGAGUUUCACUGUGGCUUUCUUGGCCAGAAAUCUGCCUGAUACCUUCAAUGAAGCCAAGUUUAUCACCUUCAGCAUGCUGGUAUUCUGCAGUGUCUGGAUUUCUUUUUUGCCCACAUACCAGAGCAGUAAGGGGAAGACCAUGGUAGCUGUAGAAGUGUUUUCCAUCUUGAGCUCUAGUGCUGGCUUACUGGGCUGCAUUUUCAUUCCCAAAUGCUAUGUGAUCCUUCUGAAGCCACAGUGGAACACCCAAGAAUGGGUAAAUCAUAAGUCUUUUGCCAGAUCAAGACAUCAUUCGAAGGCAUUUCCUCAUGCCUCCUAA